AAAAGCCGGCGUCAGGGGUAUCUCCUCGGUAGCCUCCACACGGCUGGUGGCAUCCUCUCUCUCUCUCUCUCUAGCAGCAAAUCCAUAAGAAACAAGAGAAUGGAGAUAACGAAGCGAAGGAAGUCGCAUUGCCCCCUCCCAUGGCUCUCUUUCCUCCUCCUCCUCUCGGGCGGAGCGCCACCGGUCUCGGCCGCCGGUCCAAUAAAGACGGUGGUGGUCCUCGUAAUGGAGAAUCGGUCCUUCGACCACAUGCUGGGGUGGAUGAAGCGGCUCAACCCGGAGAUCAACGGAGUAACCGGUUCUGAAUGGAACCCGGUCUCCACCUCCGACCCGGCCUCCCCCCGGGUCUACUUCGGCGACGGCGCCCACUUCGUGGACCCGGACCCGGGCCACUCGUUCCAGGCUAUCCGGGAGCAGAUCUUCGGGUCCAACGACACGUCGGCGGCGCCGCCGCCGAUGAACGGGUUCGUGCAGCAGGCCCGGUCCAUGUCGGCCAACAUGACGGAGAGCGUGAUGAACGGGUUCGUGCCGGAGUUGGUGCCGGUUUACAAGGCAUUGGUGGAGGAAUUCGCCCUGUUCGACCGGUGGUUCGCGUCGGUCCCGGCCUCGACCCAGCCGAACCGGCUCUACGUCCACUCCGCCACCUCCCACGGCGCCACCAGCAACAUCGCCAGCAUGCUAGCGAAGGGGUACCCACAGAGGACAAUAUUCGAGAAUAUUUAUGAUGCAGGACUGUCUUUUGGCAUCUACUACCAGAGCAUACCUACCACCCUCUUCUACCGUAACCUUCGGAAGCUCAAGUACCUCACCAAGUUCCACUCCUAUGACAAGUUCAAGGAUCAAGCCAGCAAAGGCUCUCUCCCCAAUUAUGUGGUCAUCGAACAGCAGUACUUGGAUUCCAAGUCCGAGCCUGCCAAUGAUGAUCACCCAUCUCAUGAUGUCUACCAGGGCCAGAUGUUUGUCAAGGAGGUGUACGAAACCCUUCGCUCCAGUCCUCAGUGGAACCAAACUCUCUUAAUCAUCACCUAUGAUGAGCAUGGUGGCUUCUUUGAUCAUGUCCCAACACCUGUCGGUGGUGUCCCCAGCCCUGAUGAUGUUGUCGGCCCCGACCCCUUCGACUUCACGUUUGACCGCUUGGGAGUUAGGGUGCCAACCAUUUUGGUCUCUCCUUGGAUUGAGAAGGGCACUGUCAUUCAUGGUCCCAAUGGUGUACCAUCUCCAACUUCAGAGUAUGAGCAUUCAUCCAUACCUGCAACUGUAAAGAAAAUUUUUGAUCUCCCCUCUCCAUACCUGACUAAGAGGGAUGCAUGGGCUGGCACCUUUGAAGGCAUCGUGCUAAGUAGGACAGGACCCAGAACUGACUGCCCAGAGCAACUUCCAACUCCAGUGAAGAUCAGGAAUAGUGAAGCUAAUGAGGAUGCCAAGUUGAGUGAGUUUCAACAGGAACUUACGCAACUCGCAUCGGUGCUGAAUGGCGAUCAUCUCAUUACCAGUUUUGAACAGAAAAUAUUGAAGCCAAUGAAUGUUAGGGAAGGGAUAGCCUACACGGAGAAUGCAGUCAAGCGUUUCUUUGAAGCUGGAAUGUCCGCAAAGAAAAUGGGUGUUGACGAAGAACAAAUCGUGAAGAUGAGACCAUCACUCACCACCAGGUUCUCAUCAUCAGCUGCCCAACCUUAGCAACUUUUAAGCAGUAUAAAAUGGUGCAACUCUGCUCUGAAUGUAGUGGCACAAAUAUGCCAGCACAGGCAAAGAGAAUGGUGCUCAUAUAAAAGGAAAUCUAGUAAGGAAAUGCUUAUCCCUGGUCACUAUUUGUAUAUGUUGUAUCUUGAGGAAAACAGCUGAUCAGGGAAUAAAGUAUUGCAAACAUUUGAUUAAUAUAAUAUCUCAAUCUGUUGCUCUAUGAUAUCAGAUAUUUGAUUUGUAGCU